AUUGUUUAUUCCAUGUCAUCGGCAUCGAUGGAUGCUUUUACAUUAUUUUUGUAAGAUAAUAAAAUGGGUUGAAGAUGUAAUGAAAACAUCGUAGUGUUUGUGACAAAGUGCAAUAUAUUUAUGGGAAAGCAGCAUAGAAUGUAAUCAUGGCUGCUUUCAGGACAGUGUUAGUCAUAAUAUUCUGGCUUUGGAGCACAAUAGUAUACGGAUACGACUUCAUAUCACAAUACCCCAAUCAACAAAAUGAGACAUUCCAAUUCUAUCACCUCGCUAUUGAUAAAGUUAGUGGACAAGUGUAUGCGGGAUCCUUAAACGCGCUGCAUCAGCUGAAAUCCGAUUUAAAACCGAUACAUGUUAUCCGGACUGGGCCGAAACCCGAUAAUCCUAUGUGCCAUGCCAGCGGCUGUGAUUCAGAAAUAAAAACAUCGCUAGUGGACAAUGUGAACAAAAUAUUAGUGAUCGACCAAGAAUCUCGCUUACUGAUUGCGUGUGGUUCCGUCGCGCAAGGUUCGUGUUACAAAUACAAGCUGGGUGACAUUUCCGCGGAGCCCGAGUUUCUGCCCGAGAGCGUAGCUGCCAACGAUGCUGAUGCCUCCACUUACGCCUUCAUCGGGCCCGAGCGGUACAUGUCCUGGGACCGAUCCAACGUCCUAUACGUCGGCACGACAUUCACCAACAACGGCGACUACAGGCACGACGUCCCAGCCAUAUCCAGCCGCGAUCUCAUGACUCUCCGCCUCGCCCAGUCUACAUUUUCGAAGCAGAGCUCCAUUCAAAUAGAUGUCAAGUAUAGGGACAAUUUUUUGGUGCAAUAUGUGUAUGGUUUUAAUGCUAGUGAUUAUGCUUAUUUUCUGAUAAUUCAAAAACAUUCCCAUCUCGCCGGCAACGAGGAGCUGGGAUACGUGUCUCGGCUGGCCCGGACUUGCGUUAAUGAUGACAACUACAACAGCUACACUGAGGUUACCCUGGAGUGUAAUGUUCGGGAAGAAAACAACGGUAAGAUUGAAGAUGUCAAUUACAAUUUAGUUCAAGAUGCUAAAAUCGCUAGGGCCGGGGCUACCCUGGCCACGCAGCUGGGCAUUGAACCCGGAGACUCCAUACUGGUCACAUCUUUUAGCCCAUCUAAAAGUAUCACUAAUGAACCUGUAGCUAAGUCAGCAAUUUGUGUAUUUUCCUUGCAAGAGAUAGAAAUUAAGUUUAAUGAGAAUGUUCACAUGUGUUUCAAUGGUAGUACUAAAUCUCGUAAUAUGGGAUACAUAUCAGGCAUGAUAUCAGAUGGUAAAUGUCCCAGUGUGGGAUCUGUGGGCAACAUACUUAAUUUUUGUGAAGUAGGUCUUAAGAUAAGUGGUUUGUAUCCUAUAAGAACUUCACCUGUAAUUUACUGGAAUGAUACUCUUGUAACCUCUGUGACUAUGUCAGUGACAGGAUUACACACUGUAGCUUUUUUGGGGACAAACAAAGGAAUGUUGAAAAAGGUUCUAAUAGAUGCAGAUAGGGCAAUACAAUAUGCUAGUGAUGAGCUCCUGCCUGGGCAAAGGAUACUGCCGGAUACUAGUUUAUCACCAUUUCAAAGAUCUCUCUAUGUAUUAGCAAGAAACACAAUAGUCCAAAUUCCUACAGAGAAGUGUACAGAACACAAUGACUGCUCUUCAUGUCUGGAAUCCAAUGACCCUCAUUGCGGCUGGUGUUCUUUAGAAAAACGGUGCACUGUGCAGAGCAUGUGCCAAAAAGGUACACAGAGUGCUCCCAGAUGGCUAUCCCGGUACACAGGUCAACAGUGCAUUGACUUUGAACAAAUUAUGCCAGACAAAAUAUCCAUGAAUGAGGUAACUACAGUGCAACUUGUCAUUCGGACUUUGCCUGAACUACCUUUUGGUGAUACAUACAAAUGUGUAUUUGGUAAUGCUCCUCCUAUCGAUGCUGCUGUGACAACAAGUGGCCUAGCUUGCCCUACCCCGGAUCUCAAACAUAGGCCUAAAAUACUGCCCAAUCAGGACCAUGCAUAUGUGCCACUCUCAGUACAUUCAUCAGAAACAAAUAAAGAUUUUGUCUCCAGAAACUUUGCGUUCUACGACUGCUCCAGGCAUACAACAUGUCAGUCCUGUAUACUGAGUGAAUGGGCAUGCAAUUGGUGCAUUUAUGAUAACCGAUGCACACAUGACACCUCUGUUUGCCAGAGGACUAUCAUUAGUGGAGAAAGUAACCCAACUAAAUUACUUAACCAUGGUAUUGGACACUGUCCUCGAAUUAGACAGCACAAGCACCAAAUUCUACUGCCCAAUAAUGUACCUAAGGAGCUAGAACUUGAGGUUGAAAACUUACCCCAUUUGCAACCUGGCCACACUGGUUUCCAAUGCAUUGUUAGCAUCGAGCAGGCUAACAUGAUUGUGCCUGCCAGAGUUGAAUCUAAUCAUUUUAUAGUUUGUGACAAAACAACGUAUUCCUAUGAGGAAUAUGUUGGAGAAUAUAAUGUUAGCGUAAAAGUGGUAUGGAAUCACAAACAUUACAUAGACACCAUAAAUAUCACUUUAUACAAGUGUGAAAUUCUUGGUUCUCACAGGGAGCAUGCAGAUUGUUCCUUGUGCAUAACUCGUAACUCCGUUUAUCAGUGCACAUGGUGUGGAAAUUCCUGUUCUUAUAGUGAAUCUUGCCUUGAUAACCCAGUCACUGAAUGUCCCAAACCCAGAAUAGAUAUGAUCAAACCUCUGAGUGGUCCUGUAGAAGGUGGAACCAUAGUAACUAUAGAAGGCAGCAAUCUCGGUUUACGAGUUGAAGAAGUAACCGGAAAGAUACGCAUUGGCGAAGUACCGUGCGAAAUUGUCGAUUUCGAGGUGUCAGUUAGCAUCACAUGUCGCACUGGACCAUCUAACGGUUCUUCAGUGGCGCCAGUGAUUGUUGAAAAUGACGCUGGUUAUACGGAGUCCUCAGUUUUGUUUAGUUACAAGAACAUUAAAUUGCAAGGUAUAUAUCCUGCCCUCGGACCUGUUUCUGGCGGAACGCAACUAGCGAUUGGAGGGCAGCAUUUGAACAUUGGAUCAGCCAUUUCUACAUACCUAGAUGAACUGCCCUGCUCCGUAAAUAAAACCCAAACAUCCAAUAGCAGGCUUAUUUGCAUAACUCCGAAGGCCAAUAUGCCGCGCGUGAUUCAUACGAUCACAGUUGCUAUCGACAAUGCUAAUCGAACGCUAAUGGGCGACCUGUAUAAUUAUACAGCAGACCCAACCAUAAUGGAGAUUAAACCUUUAAAAAGCUUCGUGUCAGGGGGAAGAAUGAUAACAGUCCAUGGUACUAAUUUGAACACUAUCCAAAAACCACUAAUGAAACUCUAUCAUGCUAAAGAGUUAGAGCCGGUUAACUACACGGCUUGUGUUGUACUGAACCCCAAUCAAAUGGAGUGCCCCAGCCCUGCAAUCAAUAAAAAGUAUAAUGAGAUUUUACAGGCAACUGCAUCUCAAACAAGUACACCUCAGAUAGCUAUGAAAGUUGGUUUUGUAAUGGACUAUGUGGAAACAAUGCACGAUUUAGAGAAAUAUUUCAACCCUCCCCGAACUCAUAUGAUUUUCGUAGAAGACCCUCACGUUUAUCAUUUUCCGAAUAAAAUAAAAUCGUAUAAAGGAGACCCACUUGUCAUAGAAGGAGAGAAUCUAAUACGAGCAAGUGAUGAGUCAGAUGUGGUAGUUACUAUUGGUACUCAAACAUGUAAUGUUACCAGUCUCACUAUGCAACAGCUUCUAUGCACCCCGCCGGAAAUUCAACCAAUGAAUACAGAUGAAAACGGUGUGCAAAACACAGAUAUAAAUUUGCCCAUGGUUGUAGUAAAAAUAGGGAAAAAUUUAAGAUUUCCGAUUGGGUAUCUUCAUUACGAAUUGCUACGAAAUUACAAUUUUCCACCCGAAGCAAUAGCAGGCAUUGCAGCCGGCACAUUCUUUUUAGUGCUUAUUUUCAUGAUCGUCUUGGUUAUGUACCGACGUAGAAGUACUAAAGCUGAAAGAGAAUAUAAGCGAAUUCAAAUACAGAUGGAUACAUUAGAAAGUAACGUAAGACUAGAGUGCAAGUUGGCUUUUGCAGAAUUACAGACCGAUAUGUCAGACUUGGCAGCUGAUUUGGAACAUUCAGGUAUCCCAACAUUGGAUCAUGUAAAUUAUGUAAUGAAAGUAUUUUUCCCAGGUGUUUCAGACCACCCAAUUUUGAACGUUCAACGUCAAUUUAUUAAUACACCGCGCACUAAUUAUGACGCAGCCAUGAUUCAAUUUGAACAGCUUUUGAAUAAUAAAUGUUUCCUUCUGUCAUUUAUAGACACUUUGGAAGCACAAAAAUCAUUUAACAUUCGGGAUAAAGUUAAUGUGGCUUCCUUAUUAAUGAUAAUUUUAAUGGGAAAGAUGGAAUAUGCUACCGACAUACUCAAGUCGCUUCUACUGCGUCUUAUUGACAAAUCCGUCUGUAAUAAACACCCCCAACUAAUGCUCAGGAGGACGGAAAGUGUUGUCGAAAAAAUGCUUACAAAUUGGAUGGCACUUUGUAUGUAUUAUUACCUCAAGGAUUAUGCCGGUUCGUCACUUUUCUUGUUGUUUAAAGCAAUAAAACAUCAAAUCGAAAAGGGUGUGGUUGAUGCCAUUACGCACGAGGCUCGCUAUUCUUUAUCAGAGGAAAAACUUUUGAAAGAACAGAUUGAUUACCAAAUCGUGACGCUGCAUAUUGUUCAGGACGAUUUCGACGAAAAGGUCCAGUGCAAGGUUUUAGAUUGCGAUAGUAUUUCUCAAGUGAAAUCAAAAAUACUUGACGCGUUGUUUAAAAAUACCCCGUUUUCAAUGCGACCGUCCGUCCACGAAGUUGAUCUCGAAUGGCGACAUGGGAGAGGAGGGCACGUGACUCUCCAAGACGAAGAUGUCACAACGAAAACAGUCAACAGUUGGCGUAAGCUUAACACAUUGGCUCAUUACGGUGUUAAGGAAUCCGCGAUCAUGUCCUUAAUAUCACGACAAAAUGACAGUUUUAACACCCCUUAUAAAAUUCCGUGCAAAAAUUGCACCGGUAUUUACUGUACUAACUCCCACAUUAGAGUCGACAACAAUGACCUAGAUCACAAUGUACAUUUCUACCACUUGGUGAGACCUAUUGAAUACCAUAAUAUAAUUAACAAAACAUCCGAACACAGUCACAAGGCUAUACCUGAGAUCUUUUUGACGAGGCUUUUGUCGACGAAAGGAACCGUCCAUAAGUUUGUCGACGAUUUCUUCAGCACCAUCUUAACAGUCAACGAGGUGUUGCCGCCGGCAGUCAAGUGGCUUUUUGAUCUCUUUGAUGAGGCAGCCAGGACUCAUGGCAUCAUGAACCCAGAGGUUGUUCAUGCUUGGAAAUCGAACAGUUUGCCGCUCCGAUUUUGGGUUAAUCUUAUCAAGAAUCCCGAUUUCAUAUUUGAUAUAAACAAAACGGCUACUGUAGACUCGUCUUUGUCUGUUAUAGCCCAGACGUUUAUGGAUGCCUGCGCGUUGACAGAGCACCGACUUUGUAAAGAUUCUCCGUCAAAUAAACUGUUAUUUGCGAAAGAUCUUCCCACGUACAGGGAUAUGGUGAUACAGUUUUAUCAGGCAGUCUCCCAAUUGCCUCAAGUAACAGACCAGGAACUGAGCACCUCAAUGCAACAGCUUUCAGUGCAACAAUUAAACGAGUUUGAUACGCUCUCGGCCUUGAAAGAGUUAUACAUUUAUGUCAGUAAAUAUAGAGAACAAAUUAUAUUAGGACUAGAAAUGGAUCCACUUUGUAACAAAAUGCACUUAGCUCAUAAAUUAGAUAAUGUAGCGUGCACAAUGGAAGGUGACCCUACGUCUAUAUGCUGACUAUAUGAUACCUUAAGUGAUGAUUUAAUUGCAUUUACAUAAUUUUAUUUAUACAUAACUAUUUUGUAAAAAAAAAGCUUUAAUUUAUUCUGAAAAUACUCAGAUCUAAAACAGAUGUGUAAAAAGACUGUAAAAUAUCAGUUUGAUUAAAUCUAGUUAGGAAGGUUUAUAAUAUGAAAAUAUUUUUUUCAGUGAAUAAUAUUAAAAUAUUUAAAUUAUAUUAAGGAUAUCUAUUACAAUAAUUCCUUCUCAAAGUUUUGUAAUGUCAAAGUGUCACUUUUAUUAUUAUUGGUGAAUGUUACGCAUUUACUCUCCUAGCGGCCAUACUUUAGUGUCCAUGCUAUUUUUAUAAUUUAGGUAUUGUCUAGAGACUCAAAAUAGUAACAAUAAAUUGCUCUCUAUA